UCCAUGAAAAGUCAAGAAUCAUGAAGUUGUCCAAAGCCCUUAGAAUUUUCGGCUAUUCCGUUGUCAAAUUGGUUACGAUGCCUGUCAUACUAACUCCCUUACAUAAGUAUUUGAAUUGCUAUGACAACGACAUUUCGCUUUUGGAUAUUCUAUCCCUCGCAGAUUUCGCGGGGUGCGAACACAAGGCAUCACUAUGUUCUAGUGGCAUCGCAGAAAUAUUCUUCGGAGUGGUGUGUUUAGUGUUUGUAGAAGUGGCAUAUCUCUGGUUGAUGUACAUGGAACUGAGAAAACCCCCACCCAUAGAGCUCAAACGAGGCAUUGGGGAUUCUGGGAUCGUUGUUGAAUGGGUGGACUCUUACUACAACAACAGCUCCGCGGGACCAGAUUUAGAGUUCGAUUUUUAAUUCAGCCAACUCGUGGCAAGUGCAUGGGGAGUUAGGCACUUUCUCUAAACAGUAUUCUUUAUAUCAUGUAUCAAUUUGUGUUUUUACUGUUCAAACAAUUUCUUCAAUCUCAGUUGCUUAAAAGUUCUGCUUAGAAGACUUACUUUUUUUUUUAAAUAUCAAAUAGAGAUUUCUAUGGGUAUGUAUAAAUGAAAGUUUAAUAUUAAUAUAUGCGUUCACAUAUCUCUAGUUUCUAUAACAUAUGUAUUAAUGAUAAUGUUAAGUAUUGUCGCGCUGUAUAAUAGCUAUCACUUUCAUGUUUUGGUAAACAAAGUAAAAAAAACAAAAACAAACAGAACGUGUUCCUUUUGAAAAUAUAUAUUAAUCAUUUAACUUAUUUAUGUCAACUGUAAAUCGAAAACUAUAUAUGUUUAUGUGAAAUUUAUUUGUAAAACGAAAAAUGAAGAUAAU